AUGGCAUCACGAACAUUAACGCCGUUACGAGCGGCAUCUGGACGUCUCCAAUCUCCAGCGAGCCUGCAGAACCUAUCCCACCUACCCCGCCGAACACUCGUCAGCGCCUCCAAAGCGAAGCCCUACCAAGUCCCUCCCCGAUCGACCGCAACCUCAACAUCAACCUUCUCAAAACCCGCACCCGCAGCAUCAACCACCACCUCCAAACCAACCCCAACCCCAGCCGCCGCAGCGCCCAAACAAACACCAACCGCAGCCCGAACCCCCGUCCCAGCCGUCUCCGGCGUCCCCCUCCCCGACGCCCCAUCCCCGACCUCCCCAGCCGCCUCCGCCGACCACAACGGCAGCCCAAUCGACUGGACGCAGUCCUACCACGGUCUAGGCACUUCUUCAUUCGGGCCUGAGACAGCGCAAGUGCUACAAGCGCGGCUGGACGCAGACGACAUCGAAGUCAAGCCCGACGGCAUCAUAUACCUGCCCGAGAUCAAGUACCGGCGGAUUUUAAACGCGGCAUUUGGGCCUGGGGGGUGGGGGCUGGCGCCGCGGGGACAGCUGAUGGUGCAUGAGAAGUUGGUUACGAGGGAGUAUGCGCUUGUUGUGCAUGGGCGAUUCGUAGCGCAGGCUCGAGGCGAACAGCAGUAUUUCACCGAAGACGGCGUGUCGACAGCGGCUGAGGGAUGUAAAUCGAACGCGUUGAUGCGGUGUUGCAAGGACCUGGGUAUUGCGUCGGAGCUAUGGGAUCCGCGGUUCAUCCGCAAGUUCAUGAAGGAGCACGCGGUGCAGCAGUGGGUCGAGCACGUCACGACCAAGAAGAAGAAGCAGAUCUGGCUACGCAAGGACGACGAGGUUCGCUACCCGUUUAAGAAGACAUAG